CACAGUCAAAGGCGGAGUAUAAAGAAAAGAGCCGCGCGUGCUGCUUUCUCUCCUCUGCUUCCCUCGGUAUCUGUGUUGGGGGAGAUCAGCGUUUCUGCGGCGUUUAAAUCUACAAAACCAACUAAACAAACCAAGAUGCCUGAAGAAAUGCGCCAAGAAGAGGAGGCUGAGACCUUUGCCUUCCAGGCAGAGAUCGCCCAGCUGAUGUCUCUCAUCAUCAACACCUUCUACUCCAACAAAGAGAUCUUCCUCAGAGAGCUCAUCUCCAACUCGUCUGAUGCUCUUGACAAAAUCAGAUAUGAGAGUUUGACUGACCCCACCAAACUAGACGAUGGAAAGGACCUGAAGAUCGAAAUCAUCCCCAAUGUUCAUGAACGCACUCUUACCCUUAUUGACACCGGUAUUGGAAUGACCAAAGCAGAUCUCAUUAAUAAUCUGGGUACCAUCGCCAAGUCCGGGACAAAGGCCUUCAUGGAGGCUCUUCAGGCUGGUGCAGACAUCUCCAUGAUCGGGCAGUUUGGAGUGGGCUUCUACUCUGCUUACCUGGUAGCUGAGAAGGUCACAGUCAUCACAAAGCACAACGAUGACGAACAGUACGCCUGGGAGUCAUCCGCCGGUGGCUCUUUCACAGUCAAGGUGGACACCGGUGAGCCCAUGGGCCGAGGAACCAAAGUCAUUCUUCACCUGAAAGAGGAUCAGACAGAGUACAUCGAGGAGAAGAGAGUGAAGGAAGUGGUCAAGAAACACUCACAGUUCAUUGGAUACCCAAUCACUCUGUUCGUGGAGAAGGAACGUGACAAGGAGAUCAGCGACGACGAGGCAGAGGAGGAGAAGACUGAGAAGGAGGAAAAGGAGGAAGGCGAAGACAAGCCCAAGAUUGAGGAUGUCGGCUCCGACGACGAGGAGGACUCCAAAGAUAAGGACAAGAAGAAGACGAAGAAGAUCAAGGAGAAGUACAUCGACCAGGAGGAGCUGAACAAGACCAAACCCAUCUGGACCAGAAACCCAGACGACAUCUCGAAUGAGGAAUACGGCGAGUUCUACAAGAGCCUGACCAACGAUUGGGAGGACCAUCUGGCGGUCAAGCAUUUCUCCGUGGAGGGUCAGCUGGAGUUCCGCGCUCUUCUGUUCAUCCCCCGCCGCGCCCCCUUUGACCUCUUUGAGAACAAGAAAAAGAAGAACAACAUCAAACUGUACGUGAGACGGGUCUUCAUCAUGGACAGCUGUGAAGAGCUCAUCCCCGAGUACCUCAACUUCGUCCGUGGCGUUGUGGACUCUGAAGAUCUGCCACUCAACAUCUCCAGAGAGAUGCUACAACAGAGCAAGAUUCUCAAGGUCAUCCGCAAGAACAUUGUCAAGAAGUGCCUGGAGCUCUUUGCGGAGCUGGCUGAAGACAAGGAGAACUACAAGAAGUUCUACGAUGGUUUCUCCAAGAAUCUGAAGCUGGGCAUCCACGAAGACUCUCAGAACCGCAAGAAGCUGUCAGAACUACUGCGUUAUCAGAGCUCGCAGUCUGGAGACGAGAUGACCUCUCUCACAGAAUACGUCAGCCGCAUGAAGGAGAACCAGAAAGCCAUCUACUACAUCACCGGUGAGAGCAAAGACCAGGUCGCCCACUCUGCUUUCGUGGAGCGCGUGUGCAAGAGAGGAUUUGAGGUGCUGUACAUGACCGAGCCCAUCGACGAGUACUGCGUACAACAGCUGAAGGACUUUGACGGCAAGUCACUCGUGUCUGUCACCAAGGAGGGGCUGGAGCUGCCCGAGGAUGAGGAGGAGAAGAAAAAGAUGGAGGAAGACAAGGCCAGGUUUGACAACCUCUGCAAGCUCAUGAAGGAGAUUCUGGACAAGAAAGUAGAGAAGGUCACAGUAUCGAACCGACUGGUUUCCUCCCCCUGUUGUAUCGUGACCAGCACUUACGGCUGGACGGCCAACAUGGAGAGGAUCAUGAAGGCUCAGGCCCUGAGGGACAACUCCACCAUGGGUUACAUGAUGGCCAAGAAACACCUGGAGAUCAACCCAGACCAUCCCAUCAUGGAGACGCUGAGGCAGAAGGCCGAUGCUGAUAAGAACGACAAGGCUGUGAAGGAUCUGGUCAUCCUCCUGUUCGAGACCGCACUGCUCUCCUCCGGCUUCUCGUUGGACGAUCCCCAGACACACUCGAACCGCAUCUACAGAAUGAUCAAACUGGGAUUGGGUAUUGAUGAGGAUGAAGACGUCCCUGUGGAGGAGUCAAGCUCCGCCCCUGCUCCAGAAGACAUCCCCCCUCUGGAAGGAGAUGACGACGCCUCCCGCAUGGAGGAAGUCGAUUAAACACCACCUCAGUUUCGACCUUUACAACCGCUUCCCUCAAUCAUUCCGCAGCAUCCCGUGUUUUCUCGUUUUACCUGUAAAAGGUUAACCUGCUCUCAGUAAUGAUUCCUGAAAGAAUCCGUUUGUAACCUGUACUGUCAACUUUUGCUCUGUUUUGAGCCAUAAAGUACCUUGUUUUUCUUUUAUGUAUGACGUUCAUGAUGUGUUGGGUUGAUGCAGUAUUGUCUAAGCACAAUGAGCACUGUGUUUCACAGAUACUGAAGCAGUGGGCUGUGCAGGAGCAUGAAUACUUUCUGCAUGGAGGGGAAAGACUUGCCUGAGUCCAGGCUUCUGUCUUGUUUUUCAGAAAUAAAAACACCUGGUGACACCUAAA